AUGGCAGAUCAAGAUGAACAGCCAUCAGGCUCAAUAGAGGAUCGCAUAACACAUAAGAACUGGAAGUGGCGUGUUAGUGGCUUUGAAGAACUCACCACAAAGUACAAGAACUCAUUCGAUACUACUGGUCCACUGUUUAACGAGCAUGGACCCAACUUCAAGAAGUACUUGGCCGAUGUCAAUCCAGUGGUGCAGGAGAAGGUGUUGGAUACACUGGCAGCCUUUGUAGACAGAUGUGACAAUGUUAAAUCGUUCGCUCCAUCGUUCGUACCGGUGAUGAUUGAGAAAUGUUUCUCGACCACCAAGACAAAGGUCAAAGAGAAGACCAUCGAGCUCUUGCUAGCCGUAAUCGAAGCAGACUCACCAGACACAGUAAUUGACAACCUAAUGAAAGGAACAACCAACGGUUCCCUCAAGAUUAUAACAUCCUCAUUGGUAGUAUUGCGUGAGGCUCUAAAGACGUUUGGACCAAAGGUUGUACAGGUCAAGCUUAUAUUCAAGCAGUACCAACCAUGGUUUGAGCAUCGUGACAAGGCAGUGAGAGAGGAGGCCACUGCACUGAUGGUCGAGAUAUACAGAUGGAUGAAGAAGGCUAUCCUUCCUCUAAUUGAAUCACUUAAUCCCAUCCAACUUAAAGCAUUGAAUGAUGCAUUUGAUAGUCUACCAGAUGAGCCUGUUGUGCCAUUGAGGUAUAUGAGGAGUGAGGCUGCAAAGGCACAGGCUGCCGCCGCUUCAAGGGCAGCUGGAGGUAAUGGAAACGCCGCGGCAGCAGCACAACAGGUGGAGGAGAUUGAUCCUUAUUCAAUGAUGGAUCCAAUCAAUGUACUGAACAAGAUAACGAAUGAGUUCUACGAGGGCAUGGAGUCAAAGAAGUGGCAGGAGCGUCAGGCCCAGAUCGACAGCCUCGUCGACAUCCUACAGUCAGCGAAAAAGAUUGAGAAUGGCGACUUCCAGACGCUGGCCAGAGUGCUAAAGAAGACCUUGGCCGACACCAAUGUCAUGAUCGUGACCAAGGCCAUCGUUGCCAUUGGUCUGCUCGCGGAGGGCCUUCGCACACAGUUUGCCACACAUGCCAAGGCCUUUGUCAUCCCCAUCAUGGAGCGCUACAAGGAGAAGAAGCCACAAGUGGUGCCAGCGGUCCACGCCACCAUGGAGCAGAUCCUAACGCGCACCUUAGCAAUCGGCGACAUCAUCGAGGAUAUGUUGUCGAUCCUCGGUAACAAGGUACCACAGAUCAAGAUUGAAUCGUUGAACCUGUUGUACAAGGUUAUCUCGACGACAAAGAAGCCACAGGACAUUGUCAAGGUUGCCAAGCAAUUGGCCGCGGCUCUGAUGGAGUGUCUGAAUGACACAGCCGAGCCAGUACGUGAUGCUGCAGCCAAGGCUUUUGCCGCUCUGGCCGCCAUGCUUGGCGAGCGUGCGGUGGCGCCAUACUUUGGCCAGAUUGAUCCGAUCAAGGUCAAGAAGAUCAAAGACCUCAUGCCAGCCAUUGUCGUUCCAGUCCCACAGGCGGUGGUCGUGGAGCAACCCGUCGCGUCUCCUAGCGCCGGCGCCACAUCAAAGAGACAGGCACAAACAAAGAGCAGCGGUCCAGCAUCAUCAUCAUCACCAUCAGCGAGCAACAACAACAACAACAACCUGGUGGACCUCGCAAAAAAGUUAUCACAGUUGGUACCAUCAAAUGUUCUCACUUUGCUAGAGAGCCAGAGUCUGAAGGACCGCGUGGAGGCCACCGAGGCCAUCUUGGAGGCCGUGGCCUCACAGUCCCAACAAGACAUUGCCGAACUACUGAUACAGUAUCUUCAUGAGAAGCCAGGCUGGAAGGAGGUCAACUUCCAGGUGACCAACAAUCACCUCAGCAUCAUUGGCGCGCUGGCCAAGCACGAUCAAUCAUUCACCAAGGCCUUGUUGCCACUGUUUGUCAACGCCGUCGUUGAUAAGCUCACUGACGUCAAGCUCAAGGACAAGGCAUCAGAGACCCUGCUGGACGUGUCCGAGGCUGUCUCGCCACAGGCCGUCAGCCAAGCCAUCUACUCAUUCGCACUCAAUCACAAGAAUACCAAGGUGACCGAGCACGCGCUGCUCUGGAUCAACGUAGCCAUCGAGGAGUUUGGAGUAAACAGCCUGCUUUUCAAGCCACUGUUUGACUUCCUCAAGGCCUGUCUGGACUCGUCGUCUGCGGCCGUAAAGAGCACAGCCGUUCGCGUGCUUUGCACCCUGCGCAUGGUGUUUGGACCGGCGCUCAUGGACUACCUCUCAGAUGUCAAGCGCAUACUGUUGGAUCUGGUCGACAAGGAGUUUGCUAAGGUCAAGGACCAGCGACUCAAGGCCCACAUCAGAGUGUCGCGCGUCGAGGAUGAGGUACCACGCGUGGAUAUCACACCAAAGUUAACCACCUUACUGCUGGCCAACCUGAGCGAUACUGAUUGGAAGCAGCGACAGUCGGCAUUGGAGGAAAUUGAGCGCAUCCUGCUCGACGCCAAUCUUUGUAUCCAGCCCAGACUUGGCUCGCUCGUCAACUGUCUCGCCAAGGGCUCGCUGACCGACAAGAACCAAAAGGUUAUCUGCACGUCGCUCACACUGGUCGGUCUGUUGUCCAACUCGAUCGGACUGGCCUUUGACAAGUCGGCAAAGACCCUACUGCCUAGCAUCCUGGCACUGCUCGCCGACAUGAAGAAGCCAAUCAGAGACGCCGCUCUCACCCUGAUGACCCAGCUGGUCGAGGUCCAAGGUCUAGACAUAUUUAUCAUCCCAAUCAGCGCGCUGCUACUCCAAGAGUCGGCCACAAGCCGCAAGGAGGCAUUGGCGUGGCUCGUCAACUAUCUGUCCAUGUUGAGGUCGACCGCCGAGCUGACCAAUCUCAUCAAGCCAAUCAUAGUGUGUCUGCAGGACAAGAGUGCAGAGGUGCGUGUGGCCACUGAGCAACUGCUCUCUGCCAUCUGCCCCAAUGUGCCCCUGGACCUAUUCAAGAAGGAACUAGCCCGUGAUAUCAAGCCAUCCAGUCUUCCAGCGAUCCAAGCAAUCAUUGAGAAGCAUUACAACUCAAUCAACAGACGUCCACAGACUACCACCACGACAACGACCACUACCACGACCUCAGCCAAGACAACAACAGCCAGCAAGCCACCUCAGUUUGUUCCUAUCGCACAUACUGUAGCCGCCGCGCCAUCCACCAAGGCCACCACCCCAGCGGCAUCAGCCUCACACACUCACACUGGCGACAUUGUCAUUGGCAACCCCAAUGGCAAGUUGAUGCGCCAAAAGGCAGCAGGCACCAAUGGAUUCUACUUCCACGACACAGAGGACGUUAUGGAGACUUUGCAGGAGCAAGUGUUUUCUUCGUUUAGCGAGAUGUUUGCCAACAUGAUGUUCUCGGCCAAUCCAACACAUCAACAGCAGGUCGUCGAGAGUCUCUCUGCGUUGAUGGCCGAUGACGACACUGUCGACUUUGGCAUCAGCGUGCUGGACACCGUGUUCAAGUGGUGCUCAUUCAAGUUGUUUGAUCUGGGCGUCGCAUCACUCAAGCGCACGACCGGCCUGAUCGAGGCAAUAGCCCAGCGCCUGAAGCAACUGGACUAUACACUCAAUGACUACGAGACAGGCUGCAUCCUACCCGUCGUGUCUGAGAAGCUGGGCACAUCGAACGAGACCUUCAAGCAGUCACUCAGGGCCUGUCACCAGCCCCUGUCCGAGGUGAUUCCACUCAACUUCCUGUUCAAGUACACUCUGGACGUCUCGUUGAGAACCGCCAACUGGAGGACCAGACUCGAGAGCGUCACAUUGCUUGGUGCCCUCAUCGGUCAGCAUGGCGCGGCGAUCUGCGGCAACAACAACGGACUAAAGGCAACAGUCAGCGCAAUGAUCACAACAAUGUCUGAUCGUGAUCCCAAAUCCAAGCAAGGUGCAUUCGAUGCCAUGUCCCAGUUGUACACUCACAUUGGAGACGACAUUUGGAAACACACUGCUGGCACCAACCUGUCCUCAGCCGACCGCACUCAAUUGCAAUCAUUGUUUGCCAACAACACAUCUGUCGCAGGCGACAUGUCAACUUCCACAAAGUUGAGCGAGUCCACCGCUUGCAAGAGUGUGGCUGCCGCAGCUGAUGGCGUCGACGAGGAGACGGCUAAGAUCGAAGGAUACUUGGCAGUGUUGUCCAACUUUGGCAGCGAGACUAUUGACUCAGUGGUCGAGCACAUCAAGCUGCUGACCAGCUCACUGGGCGACCAGGCCUUCUUGGAGAAGUUUAUGUAUUAUAGCGAGGAAUACUUGGUUGCAUUCACCAACAUCCUCAACAGCAUUAUCUCGCGAGUGUUUGACGACCAGUCCAUAUUCAGACUGUACCAAUACGUCAUCCACAUCACGGUAACGAUCUUCUCCAACGAGCUGAUCUCAAAGCACGUCACAUUGAACGCACUCAAGACAUUGCUCACCGAGUCUAUCCAUCAGGUGGUCGGUCUGGACCGUCCCGAGGACCCCACCAACGACUGGUUGAACCGUGCUCUCAACAAGGUGAUACUGUGCACACUGCAGAACAGCAACAAUACGGUACUAUUCUGUUGUCUCUUGCAGAUGGUCACCGAGGCCAGGUCACAACAGAUGGACAACUCUGAGAAGUACAAUGACAUGUUGCUCAGAUGUCUGCUAAAGGCCACCAAGUCGCUCAAGACUGGCGCAGCAGCCGGUGCACCAAUCGAGCUGGACACCACCGCCAUCUUGCAGGCCAUCAACAUGUUCCUGCAGGAGAACGCCAACCUAGACAGCGCCCUCAAGAAGACCACGACAACUCUCACUCUCGAGGUGUGCAAUGCCAAACAGAGUGAGGUCGUCGACUUUUGUAAGAAUGUUGUCAGCUCCAACCAGCUGUCAACCUACAAGAAUCUCUUUGCUCUGCUCGCCGACCUACUUGGAGGCAAGAGUGCAUUUGACAAACUCAUUGGAUUGAAGGAGAGAGAGUCUGUUGCGUCUGCCAGCAGCCAGGCCGCCGCCAAGCCCUCCACAAGAGUUCCAAAGCUCGCUGACCCAGAGGAGCUAAACAUUAUGCAACUUGAGACCACCACAACGUCCGCACCCAAGACAUCAAUGGCACCAACUCCAUCAAUUGUUCCAGUUGCCGCCGCUCCCUCCAUUGUCGCGCCCGUCAAGACAGUACCCGACCCCAAGCAACCUAACAAGGACCCUCGCAACUAUGAGUGCUCAAACGACACCGAGCAAAAGGCACUGUUACAGAAGAUAUUCAAGAAGAUUGGCAACAAGGAUCACACAACAGAUGGCCUCUAUGAUCUAUACUACUUCAAGAAGCAGUAUUCAACAUACGACAUCACGCACAAUGUCCAACAGACAACUGAGCCAUUCCAAAAGUACAUCGCACGCAGUCUGACCAAGAUCGAGAAUGAGUUGGGCCAACUAUCAAAGCAACAAGACGCCGCUCCUCCAGUCUCUAGCAGUGUUGGCGGACACACCUACCAAGACAAGCUGCGAGAGAUACAGAAUAUAAUGCCAAACCUUCAGCCAGGAGCCAAGACAGAGUUGUCAGCUGAUCAACGUGAGAGCAACCAGCGCGCAGUAUCCAGGGCGCAGGAAACACUGAACAGACUGAAAAACCAGAACAAGGACAUACCAUCAAUCACCACUCAGACACCAGUUAGCAUGACUACUUCAUCAGCCAAGGGACCAGCUCCAGACCUUACAUCAACAGUCUCAUCACUACGACAACGUUUGCAACAGAUAAAGGAUACAUCAUCGUCAACAAGGACAACAGAAUGA